AUGUCAGUGUCGACUCUGUUGAGGGCUAUGGUCAUCUCCAUGCCAUACCUCAUGUGGUUACAUCUUCCCCUUCACGUUCUCGCCCAAUCUACAACGGUCUCAAGGAGUGCAGCGGUAUCCGCUUCGACGACCGUGUAUACGGGAACACCAUCGUUGGUCUUUGGGAGUGUACCUACUAUGACUGCUUGUAGUACUGGACUCAUCCUAUGGAACGUCUACAACGAAGACCCUUCCAAAGUCAACAUCACCCUUUAUGCUAUCAACGAAGGUAUCGACCAAUCCAUCCCUUCUCCUUCAACCACCUCCGUAGCUGCAACUACUACCAUAACAUCCCAAACCUCCCGGGUCGCAUCGACUGCCGCCAUCUCAUCUCAGGUAGCUCUCGCUUCUUCACCUCGUCCCACAUCCACCGCAACAACCCUUAGUUCUGCCGCUACAUCUGUCGCACCCAACAAACGAAGUGUAAAUGAACGUACGAUACUCGACCUAAAUAUCACUUUGGUCACUCAAUAUGCCAAUCAUGGAUGGGGUUUCAAUCCUGUUAGAUUACCCGAAGGUCGUUAUUACAUUUUAGGUGUAGUGGAUGAUGAUCGACAAACUACCAAUAAAAGUAAUGUCUUUUCAGUCGUCGAAAGUGACGAUACAGCUUGUCUGUCAGCUUUCAAGAGUCUAUCAGCUUCUGCGACUGGUACAGCAACUAACAACAAUGGCGUACCUACCCAGAAAGUCACCUCGAUACUUACAACGACAAAUGGCAAUGGCACCGGUGCAGCUUCAGGAUCAAGUCAAGAAGGUGGUUCUGCGACCGAGAAGAACAGUUUGGGAGGAGGGGCAAUUGCCGGUAUAGUCAUUGGUGUAUUGGUUGGUUUGGUGUGUUUGGUAUUACUUUUCAUGUGUUAUAGGAGAAAGAGGAGGAACGAAAGAAAUAAGAUUGGUAAUGCUAGGAGUGGUCAUUCUGAAGAAGGUGGGUUCAUCAAAUUUGGUGGUCACAAAAACCAUCAUCACAAAAUGCCAUCAGAUACUACUGCACCAUCAUCGGACCUCAACCACAAAAAUCCAAUAGCCAUGACUCCCGUUCAUGCUAGAGCGGACGAUUCCUUUAGAUCAGAUGAAAAGAGGGGAUCGUUGAAUUCGAUAGAACAGGAUGAUGUGGAAGAUUUACCAAUACCUUUACCAUUACCUGUUGUCACUCCUACCACGGCAACUUCAUACAAUACCACGUCGUCGGUUGACGGUGGAAGCGAUAGAAGACGAUCUGAUCCAUUUACGACACCGACGUUGGGUGAGAUACCUACCAUGUUACCUAUUUACUCGAACGAUGAAGUUAGGAAAUUAGGGUACCCUACGGAUAAUUCAGGGGUAGGAAUAACACCACCCCAACCUGUUAUACUGGCUAAUGUCAGACGAUCGUCUCAGGAGGAAUCGCCUAGACCAGGUGUAGUCGGAUUAGGUAUCACUGGAUCAGGAUCAGGGGCGGGAUUGAAAUCGGCGACUUCACUUACAUCUCAAAGUUCAUCACCAUACCACCAACAACCUAAGACCAGUCCUCCUGUUACAGCAACCGCGGGCCAACCAAGAUCUGAACCUGGGAAGAAGAGAGCUUCAUUACAAGGCCUUGGAUCACCCAGUGCUAGUAAUACAUCGCCUGAUCCCAAUACUUUCGAAAUACCCUCGUCAGGCUCAGGGAAUAACACCACGCCACCUUCAGGAGGGGGAGGAGGUCUGAGUAGAUCAACAAGUAGUAGACGUAAACCUGUUCCAUCGCUUGGUCCGGAGUUGAGAACGGAAUUGGCAAGACAAGGCAGUUUGAAGGAUCUUAAAAAUACUAAAGAAAAGAAUGCGGCUGUGGAUGAGAAUGGAGGAGAUGGUAGGAGAAGAAGUUAUAAGUUGAUGCCUGAUCCGCCUAUCAUACAGGAGUAG